CCGUGCUGCCGCGCGCUUCCCUACUACGCAGCAUGAAAGUGUGCUAGCGUAGGUAACUAUGAGGUUACCAUAGUUACCCGGGAGGCGUAGCAGAACGGCGUACUGUGUAGUAGGUUAGUGUGCAGGUUGUGACGGAGCUGCUGUUUUGUGCAGCGUGAGUAAAAGAUUCUUUGCGUGUAGUUUUCGAUUUCUGAUCCGAAUGCACGGCGUUUUGCAUGGGAAUGGGCUCAUGUGCAUGGAGGAGAAGGAGAAGGAAACACGUCCGACGCAGAUCCUUAAAGCUGCUGACGAAGCUGUUCGGUGCUCAGCUAGCAGCUAAUAGCAUUGCGCAUCCACUCCAGACUUCAGUACCAGAUCCGGAGUCUGGAGUACGAGAUGAGGCUUUUGUUCCAGUCCCGAUCUCCCACGUCUGCUGUCAAGACUGGGGCAGUCUUUUAGGUCCUUUAACUCCUGUAUUACUCCUGUACUCCAUCAGUCAUUGUCAUCAUCCCUGAUUCUCAGUGCAGGUUCUUGAGAUCUGCUGAAGUGUGAAUCUUCACACCCUGCUGAUAUGUUUACAAGCGAGGGAAAGACAAGACGCUGACCUCUUCUCCCACAAAAAUCUAUUGGAAAAACCAACGGCUGUUUUGUACUGUGAAUGCUAAAGUGAAGAUUAGAACCCCCACCCUCCCAACACCACCAGCUUGAGGCCCACUGCAUGAACGUCUGCAAGAUUCCAUAAACAAGUUCUUAGAGAUAGGGUGUGGAUGAGAGAGGUGUGAAAAGUAGAGGACGAGUGUGUAAGUCAGCCUGGAACAGCUCUAUUUAAAUUCAUGAUCUCCCCUCCACCAUUUGGUGGUGCUUUAAAAGCCUGAAACUCAGAGCAAGCUAAGGAAUUAGGUCAUGCUAGCCCAUGAAAGAGCUCUUUUUGGACAUUUUAUUCUUGUCUUGUCUGUUUUUGAGAGUAUGACCCUGUGGUUCGUGUUAAUGGGACAGACUGGUUACUGAAAGCCAAUUCCACUAUGUCCUGGAAAAGGAACUACUUUGCAUCAGGCAGCAGUGGGCUGCAGGGCAUCUUUACCCCACGCACCAUGACCUCCAUUGCUCCCAGCAAAGGGCUUAGCAAUGAGCCAGGACAGAACAGCUGCUUCCUGAACAGCGCUCUGCAGGUCCUCUGGCACCUGGAUAUUUUCCGCAGAAGCUUCCGGCAGCUAACCACACACAAGUGCAUGGAGGACUCUUGCAUCUUCUGCGCUCUCAAGAGCAUCUUUGUGCAGUUUCAGUACAGCACAGAAAAGGUGUUGCCUUCUGAUGCUCUGCGUACGGCUUUGGCCAAGACCUUUCAGGAUGAGCAGCGCUUUCAGCUGGGCAUCAUGGACGACGCUGCCGAGUGCUUUGAGAACAUCCUGAUGCGUAUCCACUUCCACAUUGCUGACGAGAGCAAGGAGGACAUCUGUACAGCAAAACAUUGCAUUCCCCACCAGAAGUUUGCUAUGACACUCUUCGAGCAGUGUGUGUGUGGGAGCUGCGGCGCGUCGUCAGAUCCUCUGCCCUUCAUUCAGAUGGUGCACUACAUCUCUACCACCUCUCUGUGUAACCAGGCGGUGAGGAUGUUGGAGUGCAGGGAGAAACCAACUCCUGACAUGUUUGGGGAACUUCUGAGAAACGCCAGCACUGUUGGAGACCUGCGCAACUGUCCUGGAAAUUGUGGAGAAAAGCUCCGUAUUCGUCGCGUCCUAAUGAACUCUCCCGAGAUCAUCACCAUCGGUCUGGUUUGGGACUCGGAAAACUCUGACCUUGCCGAGGAUGUCAUCCACAGUCUGGGCACCAUCCUGCGACUUGGAGAUCUCUUCUCCAGGGUGACCGAGGAGAAGGCCAGACAGGCAGAGCUCUACCUAGUGGGCAUGGUGUGUUACUACGGCAAACACUACUCCACUUUCUUUUUCCAGACCAAGAUCCGGAAAUGGAUGUAUUUCGAUGAUGCGCAUGUCAAAGAGAUCGGGCCGAAAUGGAGGGACGUGGUGUCUCGUUGUAUAAAGGGUCAUUACCAGCCACUCUUGCUGCUCUACGCUGACCCGCGCGGCACGCCCGUGUCUGUACAGGACCUGACUUCUCGCUUGGACCUUCACCACUACACCAAAACAUACUACGACAGCGAGGAUUCUGGUCGUGAACCGUCUAUUUCAAGCGACACACGAACAGACUCCUCGACAGACAGCUACAGCUAUAAACAGUCCCACUCACACCAUGAGUCUAUGGCCUCACAUUUUUCAUCGGACUCCCAGGGAACCAUUGUGUGCACCGAAAACUCCACAUCACACAGCAGCCUGGAUACUACAGGCCCUUUGACUGACAGCGAGCCUGGACAGAGGCACACUCCAAGAAAAAGUGUGACCACAGACAGAAAGAGUGGAGUCGUGGACAGGAAGAGGAGUGCCAGCAGACCUCGUCGUUUAGACGAUAGAAGCCGAGUCUCGAAGACUGACGAGGUGUCCUCUGCAGGAUACCACAGUGAGGGUGAGACCCUGAAAGAGCAACAAGUCCCCCGUGGCACUCCUAAACCCUGCACGAGUCGUCUGCGAGACUUUAAGGAGAGCAUGAGUAGCAUCAUUCUGAACCGGCCGCAAUCCGCCGACAGCACCAGCAGCGAAUCAAGGUCCAGCUCGGGGGGAGGACGCUACAGGCCAGCCUGGAAACCCCGCCGAGACACACUCAACAUUGACAGCAUCUUCAGCAGAGAGAGACGCAAGCAGGCUGGCUACGCUCCUUUGGGCACAAUGUUGCCUGAGGAUACUAGCCACCAGGAGAUACUGACAGGCUCACUGCUUAAAAUGGGUUUUGGUGCAACUAGGACACUACCAUCAACACAGAGCAAGAGGAUGGAACCUCCUCGGCUCAUCCAGAGGAUGGAAAGCGGGUAUGAAAGCAGCGAGCGGAACAGCAACAGUCCUGUAAGCCUGGACAUUCCUAUAAAUGAGGGAGCUGUUAAUGGAUCACACAGUGUAAAAGACACAGGCUCCAUAAAGCCACCCACCGGUGUCGGCCCCGCAUGGAACAGUGUACAGAAGUCGAAAAGCAGCAGUUCCCUCCUGCAAGAAGUCAAAUCUUCCAUCAGAGGAAACAGUCAAAUGAGUUUGGCCGCAGAGGGCCGAAGCGAGCUGGACGAGCUCCAGGAGGAGGUGUCGCGCAGGGCAAGAGAGCAGGAGCUGCAGAGGAGAAAGGAGAAAGAGAAAGAAGCAGCCAUGGGCUUCAACCCCAAACCCAGCAAGUAUAUGGACCUGGAUGAGCUACAGAACCAAGGUAAAGGGGAAGGUUUUGAGCGGUGUGUGCUGGAUGCUGAAGCUUUGUUAGAUCAGUCUCUGAGGCUGGAGCAGGCAGGCGAGGUCGCUGCCGCACUCUCUGUGGUAAACGAAGCCAUGUCCAAACUCAGGCAUGCCAUGCAUGAGGGCAGUGCUAACGGGCAGGGCAGAGCAGUGGCUGAGGCCCGACUGCAAAAGUGUAUGAGGAGGGCACGAGGCCUGCAGCAGAACAUGCAGCAGCAGGAGAAGCAGCAACAUCAGAAACAAGAGGAGGAGGAGAAGGAGGAGAAGAAGGAAGAGCAGGAGCAAAAGCUGCCUUUCAGUGAACAACCUGUCAAGAUCCAAAUACUUCUGACAGAUGCUCAAGAAGAGGUUGUGGAUGCGCUCUCAGAAGCUUCCUUAGGCCCACCCUUAGCAUCCCCCAUAAUUCCCUAUUCUCCAGCUCCAUCUUCUCCUGAACUCUCCCACUCCUACUUCAGAGAGAACCCUGAGCGUCCUUUAUCCGUCGAUAACAGACAGCAUCACCACACUCACUCAGACUCACAGGAUCGUUCCCCUGCCUCUACUUCUACAACAUGUCAACCCAGUGCCAGCUCUAUUUUCAUGUCCACGGUUAACAGUGCUUCCCAGAUGCCUUUGCCAGCCAGAGACCAACUUGAAUCUCAUACGCUCGGGAACAAUCAUCACCCUCCUGUGUUGCGGCGCUUCAGUGUCCCUCGCUCUUCUACUUCCUCUGAUCAGUACAGCUUGGAUGAGAAGCUGCCGAUGCUCCACUCACAACAGUCACCACUUUUCAACCCUCCAGUGUCGCAGCACUCUGAUACUGCUUCACCUUCGCAGAAUUCCAUAUCAUCUAGCCCCUGCCUCAUGCAACGCUCCACCUCACCCGCCAGACCCAUGCCUGUAGAGCGCUGGGCUGAAAACGUCACCAGAUACUACAAUUCUCAAAAUGCUUCGCAGCCAAAUAUUUCACCCUGUGGCUCGCCCUGUGAAGAGCUGUCUGAACUUGACUCACUUUACAGAGACAGUUUGCGGGCUCCCAGCAAACCACGAGGUUCUAGCGGGCCAAGUCCACAUCCCACUGGGAGACAAGGUCCUGCAUCAGCACGCAGACUCGCCUCUGGACACUCAGGCUCGCUCGGCCGCUCCAAAACACCCACUGCUGAGAUCGAGAGGAGUGCCUACAGGACACCAGAAUACAUCAGCACUCCUGCACACAGAGGUGUAAAAACUGCUUGCCCCCCCAAGCCUGCUAUACCUACGGUGUGUGACGAACCAGUGAGUGAAGAUCAGAUGUACAGCGCUGAGAAUAUGCGUCGCAUCGCUCGCAGUCUGAGUGGCACAGUCAUCAGAGGACGAGCCGAAAACCUUGUUUCUUCCCGCAGCAUUGCUUCGGGAAUUGCUAAGCAUGUGGACCCUCGAUUGAUUCCACAACACUCCAGCACCUCCCCUCAUGCCGCACCUGCUCCCCACAAUCCUUCAAUUUUUACCCACCACCCUAAACACCAAUACCUGCACCCAUCUCAGCAGCCACGCCCUCCUCCACCUCAGUUGCAACGGCCCACUCGAGGACCUCCAGUGUCUGCUGGAGAUCCCCAAAAGGUUAACAGGUUUCUGGCUGUGCUUGACCGGGGUGAAGCACUUGCCCACAGCAACUCCCAUAAUGUGGCAAUGAACUAUGGCACUCUUCCUCGGGCACCCCGGAAAACAAGUCACUCUGUGCCAUCCAUGCCUCAGGCCAUAGUUGGACUAGCUGCUCGCCCUGAGGCCUGGAACUACAUAGAUCCCCGCUAUGCCACAAUGGCUCACUCAGGGCGAUUGGCAUCUAACAGGCCUGUGGACGUUUCUCAACACCAUCCUCAACAUGCCAGCUUACCCAGACAGCCACUGUCUAUGCCCACUGCUCAGCCCACUCGUAUGGAUAUGCCACCAGAGGGAGACUGGAGGACUGCCCCUUACAGAACAGGGCACCCGGAUGGCCAGGCAGUCAGAACUCGGCGUGGUUCCCAUAUACAGCUAUGUUCAAUGUGCCAGCAGGCUCCAGCUGUGCCCACGGGUGCCUACUGCCAGGCCUGCAUUGCCUACAGAAAUCGCUACAGGCAGGCCAACUAAUCAAAUUGUUGCACCACUUCAUGGAAAUGCCUCUUUCAUGCACAUAAUGUCCUAUACAUACAUCUUCAUGAGGAUGAGUGAGGGAGAGUUGAGGAUGAAUGUGGAGUUUUACACCAGCCCCCUUCUUUCACUUUUACUUCUUCAACCUGCCUGUAUGCUGGAGUCCUAAUUUUUUUAUUUAAUUUCUAUUUUUUUUUUUUUUUUUUGAUGAAGAAUGGCCUCUAACUGAAGGUGUGUUGCUUCACAUCUGCACUGUGCAUGUCAUGUCGGCUGAAGACUGUUUUCGACUCUGGAUUUAGGAUUCUUAGUUGUGAUUUGUUGACUUAACACAACAGGAAGGACUUGAUCCAUUCCUCGAAUGACCUGCCAAUGUGAUUGGUAUCUAACUACAGUGUUUUGUUUAGAGUGUUUUUUUUGUUUGUUUGUUUUUUUUUAAAUGAGGACAUGAAGCACAAAUUCAAGACAAGACUGAGACAGAGCUUACUAUUUUUGAAUAACUGAAACAAUAGGCCUGGAACUGACAGUUCCUCAGUUUAUGAUAGAUUUCUGAAUAUCAGCUUGCAUAUUAGAAUAACCAGAUUGAAGUAAAUUGAAAGUCAAGGUUUAGAAAUGGUUGUAAAAUGUAAAUGAGUUAAAAGCAGUGGAGUUGAAAUGUUGCACUAUGUUGAGAAGUGAUGAGAGAGAACAUUUUUCAUUUGUUUUCUGCUCUAGUUUUAGGACAUGCCAAGUGGCUCACUGAAAAGCACUAAUUGGAAUGUCAAUUUCAGUGUAAAAAGGGUUUUAUAGGGAAAGACAUUAGAAGAAAUUUUUUCAUAAAUCUGAAACAUCAGUGUUAGUCACAAAAAGGCCAUGUGCAGCAGUUACGAAUAACAUUUUUAUUUAUUUUUGUUCAGCAUUAACGCUGAUGAAGGGUUAGGAUUUAUUAAACAUAUCUGUUUCUGUCUUUAAAAUUUUACACUGCAUCUUGCAGGUGUUUUUUUUUUUUUUAUCUCCGCAGCAAAACCACAACUGUGAUGUGAGCGGAGAAUUCUUCAGCAUUAAAAAAAAAAAAAAAAAAAAGCGUUAUGCACAAAACCAUACAAUUUUUGCAGGCUAAUUCACCCUUAGCAGCAUCUUAAGAUAGAUCUAUAUGAUGCUAAAGAUUGUCAGUAUUUAGGGAUUUAUUAUUAAAUCAUUUAGAUUUAAAAAGUACAUUUAUGCAACCGCAUGGCUUAAACAGCGUCAAGAAGGAGAGAAUUGUUUCUCUGCUGCCUGAUAGGACUUGUCUGUUUCCCCCAAACCCCAGAUGAAAACAUCGACCCUUUAUUGAGAUUACAUAUGCCUUUCGAGGGGUCUUUAGAGGAAAACGGAUAGAGCUAAGCAGCCCCAUUCCAAGUGCAGCGGGAAUAUUAAGACAGAUCUCGGAGGCAGAGAAACUAGCCCAAUUCAUCACACUGCAGUUUCAUGAAUAAUUUUUUUUGCUUUGUUCUUAAAGGGUACCUUUCUUUUGAUUUUAUACUUUUGGAGACAUUAAAACAGGAGAUCUUUAAAGUCACAAACGCCAUCUUUAAACAUAUUUAGGAGAAUUAAGUAAAGUGUAUGCAUAUAUAAAAUGGAGAUAUGAUUAUGAAUGCACGUUAUUAGACUUUACUGAUACAUAGAUGCCCUAUUGGGUUAUCUCCAUUUUUAUUUGAUGCACAGUUUUGGCUUGAUGCAGUGAAUCUUUACAUUAUGCUAAUAUUACGCUCACACACUUGAGUCUCCAGUCACUGCACUUUUAAUUCCAAAGUAGAAGUAACUUUGAACAUUGGUGCAGCAACUAACAUUCCACUUUUGGCAACAAAUUGGGAGCCGGAUCCCGUGCUCUCUUCUGUCCUCACUCUAAUUAAUAUCAUCUGCACCAGCUCGCUCCGUAUUUGCAUAAAGUAAAACCUUUCUCAGCUUUGUCACGCCACUUGACACGCAAGUCUCAUAAACAUGAAUGCCCUCUGAAUGCAGAGAGUCAGUGCAUGUGUUAGCGUAGCUUUACUGUGUGGUAGUCUGGGAACACAUAGGAUCAGUGACUGUGGCUAUAUUCUGGCAGCCAAUAGUGAUGGAAAUGCACUAUAUGCACAAACGUUAAUGGACACUUGACCAUAAGGUUGAUAUGUGUUUCUGAGCAUCUCAAUCCACAUUUAGUCUGCCAAGAUGUUCCUUUAAAUUUUGAGUGUAGUUGAGGAGAUUUGUGCUUAUUCAGCUACAAGGGCUUUAGUACUGAUGUAGAGGCUUGGGGGUGCAGUCAGCAUUCCAAUUCAUUCCAAAGGCGUUCAGUAAAGUUCAGGUCAGAGAUCUAUCACAGGCCAUUCAAAAUCUUCCAGUCCAACCCAUUUAAAUUAUAUCUUCAUGUAGCUGGCUUUAAUCACAGGGGCAUUGUCAUGCUGAAACAGGUUUGGAUCUCCAAGUGAAAAAAUACUAUAUAAUUGUGUCUCCCCAACUUUGUGGUUUGGGGAAGAAACACAUAUAAAAGUCAGGUGUCCCGAUACUUUUGUCCAUAUAGUGUAUACCAUGCAAAAUAGCCUAUAUACCUUAAAAAGUCUUAAACCUUACUACUUAUAUAUGAUUUUCUCACACAGUAAACAUCAAGGUUUGCUCAAGAUAUUGAAAAACCACGUGUUGGAGUGAAACAGGCAUAAGCCUAAUCAAUUCGGUUUAAAAUAUCAUUGAUGCUCCUGCACUUCACUUUACACAUUAAAUGCAAUUUUCUUUUCAUUUUUGACCGUAACCAGCUGUAAAUAUUCCACUAACUUUCCUUGUUGUUGUUACAUAUGCAUACACCUACAUAAUUCUAUAGAAUAGAAAUGUCCUGAUGUGAAGUGUUUUCUCAGGCCACCACACAAAUAUCCUCCCAUCCAACUCAGUAUUUCAUCUUAUCCCACGUUGCACUCGUCAGGCAUGUUAUGUUGUGCUUGAUUUAGUGAGCUGUAAACACAUAAUGAACGCUUUUGAAGUUUAGCUUAAAAAACUGUGCCGUUCCAGUUGUUACACAAUGUAUAUGCAAUGUCGCAAAAUGGCCCGCGUUCUUAUAGCUUAACGCUAAAUACUAGCCUGAGUUUGUGAUUCUUUUUGCUUAACUAUGUUAAACACUGGUUUUAGUGCACUUCACAAGUGUUAAGUUAGAACGUGUAGCUCUGUUGUAAUGUAUAUUUCCCAUAAUUAUGGGACAUUUCAAUGUUUAUAUGUUUAACUGUGUAAUCUAGAGAUCUAUAUCUUAAAUUUUAGUCAUAUAUAGUUUUCUAUGCUGUACUGAUACUGAAUACAUAUACUUAUGUAUAUAUUGGUAUUUUCAUGAAGUACUGACCUCUACAAGUGUAAUCAUACACUUCUAAGUAUGUGGAAAUGAACCUGGGACAUGGCUUUUUCAGUUUGUGUCCUCACGGUCAGUCGGACAUGAGAGCAGAGAGACACAAACUUUUAUCAGCCUGGGACUAUUGUUGGUUUUGGCACCAAAGCCUGCCUUUAUAUAGAUUUGCAGUGAGAGAACCCUUUCAGCUGUAAUAUAAAUUCCGCACAGUAUAUAUUUAUAUUAUGAUCGUAAUAACAAUUCAAAUAUCAGGUUCAUUAGUAAUUACAUACAACAACAUUCUGACCAUUUUUGGAGCCUUAGAGCUUUUUAGUACUGCACAUUCCACCUGCUGACAUUAUAUAUAGGCCAAAUUUUAUUUGGCUUUUAGAACCACUGUGGUGUUUAUUUAAAAAAAAGAAAGAUGCGUACCCUGGCUGCAAAAAGACCCGAGUUGAUUCUGUAUCCAUUUCCGCAUAGAAUCUGAAUAAAAGGAUUUUAUUUGGGGAACGGAUUUACAUCCUUUAAAAAUGUAUUCACUUACUAUUAUUGGAUAAAGUCAGAAAGUGGUAUUUAAAAGGUCGCAUGUUCAGGACGAGGCUAUAAAGGCUGCAGAUACUGUUUAUACGAUAAUGUAUGUCAUAAACUCCAAGUGUUUAUACUAGAGCGAAUAUGAUGUAGAUUGCAUGUCUCUUGUGUCCAGCUUGAUUGAGAUUGAGGAGAAUGUGGUCCUGAAAGCCACAGUGCUGCCCAGCAGAUGUGAUAAAUUGACCCAAGUUAGCUAAAAAUGUGUCCACUAUAUAGGCAGCAACUGCUCAGUAAGAACCUAGCUAUCUGACACAAACUAGCUAGCUUUAGAUGUAAAUGUAGGUGUUACUUACUGUGUAAGGAAUAUAAAUUAGGCGUGUUAGCUAAGCAUUGCGUGGAGUCUGAUAACCAUUCAUAUUUAGCAAGCCAGUUUUACUGAUCUGAUGAAUCAUUAAUUAAGUCGGGGACUGCAAACAUGGAGCUCCUCCAUGGCCAAAUCUCUGUAACUGCAACAGUCUUCUGUCGGCCCAACAGCACAACUUAACAUUUAUCAAGCUAAUUCAUGCUUGCUCUGAAAAAUCACUGCAUUCUCCCACUAUGGUUUUGCAACCAGGAGACGUGACUGAAUUCAGUAGCGUCUUACUUGGGUGUAUUGAUGGUUUGGAUAAUAUUUAAUAAUAAGUAUAAGUAAAAAUACUCAAUAAUAAGUAUAAUUGUUGUGUAUGAUUUGUGAUUUGCACCACAGCAGCAACAACAGCAAAAGCCUUGCUAUGUUUCACAUACAUAACUUUGAGAAACACUUGUUUAUAGAAAUGUGUUUUUAUGCAGUAUCUUCAUGAAGGUAAAAAUGUAAAAAAAGGUGUACAGUACGAGAAAAGGCCCUGAAUGCAGGAGUGUUUACUCGUUAAAAUGUGUCAUUUUUAAAAUGACAACCUUAAAUGCAUUUACAUGUUUAGAAAUCGUUGGAGAAUGUUAGGACUCUGAUUGAAUUGUAAAAAUGCUCUAGUUUUUCCUCAGAUACAUAAAAAAUCUAAUUUUGUUGUGUGGAGGUGAGUAUUUUUGCAUUGCAUCUCUGGCUAUUUUUUUGUCCAUGAAGUAUAACAUGAAGUUGAGUUUUUGCCAGAUCUAUUGGAUACAGUACUGUAUGCGGUAGUCAGCUGUCUCUUCCUUUUCUUCUUAUUUUUUUAUGGAAAGUGAAACAGACAGAAAAAAAGUGAACAAUGUACAUAAACAUGUAUAUACAGAUAUUCCUAGUCUUGAACAUGGAGAUAAUUCUAGUUUGAAGCCUUGUUUGUAAAUGCUGUGGUAGAAAAUGGAACUGGUAUUUUUGCAAUAAAGCAAUUAUUGUGCUCAAGUCCGGAGCGAAAAUGAAA